AUGAAUGCACUCAAGGCCAACCAAGAAGUCCAGCAGGUGGUCCAAGACCUGCUUUCGCGAGAUCCCGUGCGAUUCAACUCGACCAUCAACGCCCACUUCGCCUCGAGCUCCACAUACCAAGGUCGAGGUCUCAAGAUCACGGGCGCUAGCCAGCUCAAGCAUGCCGCAUAUCUACUCAACGUCCUUGACUUUGGCUCGGCAACCAAAAUCUCCGACCAAGACAUUCGAUGGGAUGCUGCCAGCUCCACUGCAAUCGUCAAGGCCGUCCGCUACGUCCGACCCGCUUUCUUCCCGCUCUUCCAAUUUGCCAUUCCGACCAAGGUGGUGCUCAGCUUCAAUGCUGAGGAGGGCGCCAAAGACACGCUCUACUGCACACAAUGGAGGGACGAAUGGCCUCUGGAACAGCUGAUCCAAGCCGUGCCUCUUGUGCGUACUCUGUACAGCUCGCUCGUGGUUCCGGUGCUCACGAUGGUUUUCCUCUGGGCAUCCAAUAUCGCUUUCUGGCUCCACUCCCGGGUGGAAUCGUUGGAGCACCGAUAUGCGCGAGACGCCGGUCAAGUGUAUCUGCACAAGGUAGAGCCUCGACUGCCUCCUAGCCUCACCAAAGGCUUCGAUCAUGGUGUCCACGCCGCUGAGCAUGUGGGUCAACAAAGUGUUCGAGUCCUCUCGCGCGUAUCUCAUAAGCCUUUGAAGGUGGUCGAAGAGCUGGCCCGCACUACCACUGUAGUCUUCAACCUCGCUCUUCCUCAGCAACUACAACUUCCGUACCCCUCGGUCUUUGCUGAAGAUGGCCAAGCCGGACAAGACAAGUCAUACAAGGCCGAGAACGAAUCCCAUGCCUCUGUGAACAACAAGUUGGAGAAGGACUCAACGGCCGAGUAUACUUCUUCCAAAUCGCCCCGAUCCGCCAAAGCAGAAGUCGAAGGCUCUCGAUCGCCCAAGAGCAAGGUCUCUGGUUCUCCCAGCGUCGACAAGAACGGCAGCCAAACUUCUGGCCAGACUUCUACCGACCAGACACAGACCGACCAGCCCGCCUCGGAUGAUGCAGCUGCCGAAGAUCACAAGCGCAAAGCAGAGUCGGCUCCGAGCGAGGAACCGCGACACGCCAAGGUCGUCAUCGGCCCUUCGGCAGACAGCACGCAGCAGCCUCAGGCCAAGGAGAUUGACCUGGUCACACACCAAGUGACGGAGAAGGCUCCCACCGAAUCGGCGCAAGAGUCGCUCUACCAGCUGCUCAAGAAGGAUGAUCAGCUGCCUGGUGGCCACGGCAGCGGCAGUGGUGGAAAGAAGGCGUCUGGAAAGAAGAAGGGUAAGAGUGGUGGUCGCAAGUGA